AGAGUUCCGGGGGAUUUUGACGGCCGGCAUAUGUUCCUGGUAGCUUACCGCGAUAUGCAGGAGCCCGCCGCUAUACGUGAACCACAUAGCUAUUCUUAGCUGUCUUUACGCCGUAGUAAAUGGCCAACCUGCUGACAGCGCAUCGUCCUGGUCACUUUACCAGGCUUGGCUGCCCUAAAGUAGUGUUUAACUUGGUUCUACUUACCUUUCUAGCUGCGCUUCGCGGUGCAACAUCAUACCGCGGCGCCUACGCAUCAAUAUGCACGAAUAUCAAGGACGAGGGCACGUAUUUGCUGGAGUUCAUUCUGUACCAUCGCUGGAUAGGCUUUGGCAAGAUAUAUGUCAUGGACUACAACAGCAGGCGGCCCUUGUCCCACCUUCAAAUGCUGAUGCCCUUCAUUAAAACAGGGUUGGUAGAAUACCACUACGAUGCUGAUCCGCGGCACCACUCCAUAUUGGCAAAUCGCCCGUUCCAGGAUUACAGCCAAGGCACUGCCUUCCAGCGUUGUAUAGAUUUUGCACAUCGCGACCACAUGUGGAUGGCUUUCAUAGACACGGACGAGUUUUUGGUCCUGCGUAAGUACGCGGGCGACCGGCCCAACGUGACUGCCUUCCUACAGCGCUACGAAAAGUACCCAGGCCUGGCGGUCAACAUGCGCUUCUUUGGCAGCAGUGGUCACGUAACGCGACCAGAAGUCGGCACGCUGGAAGCCUACACCCGCUGCAUGCCAUCCUCAGCCUGGUACAACCGACAUAUUAAGACCAUAGCCAGGCUCUCGCAGGUCCUGGCUAUAGGUGGCAAUCCGCAUGAGUUCCGCUACCUGCACAACGCUGUCGCAGUGAACGAGCACGGCGUUCCCAUUAAGGGUCCAUUUUCAGAGCCCGUGUCCUGGGACGGGAUUGCACUGCACCAUUACGUCACGCGUUCUCUAGCAGAGUUUGUAUUUAAGAUGCAGCGUGGGCCUGGCGGCUCGCAGAAUAAGCGAUCUUUGGACUGGUUUAGAGCGUAUGAGGGCAAUGCAACGGAAUCCUGUACGGAAGGAGUGCAGCUCUGGCGCAGUUGCUGUGCGGAUCAGUACGCUUCCAUGCGUGCGGCGCUGCGGCGUAGAAGUGGGAGUAGAACCCGUGGAGACAUAAGAGGCACUGUAUCUGGAGCGUGAUGGGAUACUACGGGGCCACAGGAGCUGCUGUCAAGGACAUGUUGUCGCGUCUCCAGGUUCAGGACACGCGUUGCUAUGGUUUGGGAUGCAGUUUGUUGUGCGACUGGUUCACAUGCACGUUUGAGUCGCCCCUCAGGGGCCUGAGGCGUGGGCCCCGGGUUUUUAUUCGUGACGUAUGUGUGCUGGAAUUGGUUGAUGGGAGCAUUUUCAGAGGAAGUGAGGAUUACUGUCGACGCUAACGGAGGGACUGAAGCCUUGUGAAAUGCUCCGAGACGGCAGUGGGCUGAGUGACGCCCUGGUGACAUAACAAUAGGCAUUGCCUGUUGUGCCAAGUUUGUGACGAAGUGUUUUCGUACGAUACCCAUGUAUUGGCCCGCAGUUAUGAAACUGACAUGACAAUUAGGAAGAUAUAGACCAAAGCUAAGGGACCCCAAUUCAUGUCUAGGUGACGCUGCUGCUCUCAUAGGACUGCUUGGUUGGCUAUGGCUAGCUGGAUCUCGUCGUGAUGUCUCACCGUCUUUGGCUGUUGAGCUCUUAGCGUGCGAAGGUCUCUCCUCUGCUGUUCCCACCCUACCUUGUCCUAUCGCACGCAACCCACGCGCGGGUAGCUGCGUCCUUUUGAAAUGUCAACGGGUUCAGUUGGAUUUUAGUUGGUUGGCGGUUGGUCGGGGCCACAUAUCCCGCUUAGCUCCCCAACGUCGGUAUCGCUUGUUACUGGCAUGCUGUCGCCUACAGUGGACGGUUGCUGCUCACUCUCACCACAUACUCGCCCUUAGGCUGCUCGCAAUGCUCGUUAAUAACCCCUGCAUGCCGCUCCUGCGCAUGGCACUUAACCUGUCUAACAUCC